AUGGCGGAUUGCGGUCGCAAGACGCAGCAGAGGAAGACGGUGCAUGGGGAGGCAGGAGGCUCGGCCUGCAAGGACAAGACUCGCGACAGCUUGCAGCAGCCGGCGGAGCGCUCCGACUCUGACUCGCAGACGAAGAAGAAGUGGCUGCCCGAGGCGGAUUCGUCCUUCGAUUCCGGCGUCGAGUUGCUCCCCGCGCAGGUCCACGAGUUCGAGCCAGCGCGCUCUCGCUCAUCUAGCACGUCCAAACCACGCAAGAUGGCGUCGACUCGCGCUCGCGGAUCGACUGGUGGACUGAGCGGCUUCGUCGUGUCUGACGAGGAGGCCGUCGUCUACGCGGAUGUCUCGGCCGCGUCGCGAGAGGAUUUGAGGACCUAUGAGCCGUCGAUUAGGAGGGACGAGUACCGCCCUUCCCUCACGUCGAACGUGGGCGGGAAGAGGGGUGGAGGGAGGCUAACCCGGUCGGAGGCGGCGCUCGAGGCGUCGACGGACGAGGAGGCAGAGCUCGCUUCCAAGAGCAGGGCGGGGGCGUUGGAGAAGAUUAAGCAGAGGAGGAAGAAUGCUCAGGAGCAGUGGGAGGGGUGGGAGGGGUCGUGGUGA